AUGCCGACUUUCCCAUCAGCGGGAGACCACCACCACCUGGUCGCUGCUCUCCCCAAGGACAUCCUCGUCGACGUCCUCGCGAGGGUAGCCUCCCAAUCGCCGGCCGAUCUCGUCAGCGCAAAGCUAACAUGCAAGGCUCUGCUGGAAGCAUCCGGCAAGGACUACAUCUAUCGCCACGUCAACAUCGCCGAGUUCCCUGUUAUCUCCUGGAAGAGCGACCUUUCUCGCGUUUUGUUCAUCGAUCGAUGCAUUACCAGCGGCAACCCGGAAGCUCUGUUUCGCCGGGGGUUGAUUGAGUACCUCAGCACCCUGGAAAUUGAUUCGGGGCUCCGGCAUUUGGGAUCUGCCGCAAGGUCGGGUCACCCGGAAUCCGUCUACAUCUAUGGGCUUCUCAUGCUUUGCCAAGGCCAGCAGGAGGAAGGGAUGGCUCUGCUGCGGUCUCUCAAAGGAGGAUCGCGGUGGCUGGAGAUGGUGAGGUACUGCCGGGAGAGGGUCAGCUCGGUAGUCAGGUAUAGGUGGGUGAGGAAUUUCACGAUUUUGGCUGGGCCGGAGCAGAAUCGAGGGAGGAUUUGCAGUUGCAGGCAAGAGAGAUUCGCCGUGCUGCCCUCGCCGGAGAGUAUGGGUAGAGGCAGAGAAGGGUGGGCGUCAAAGGAGGAUGCGGAACUAGAUUUCUACGCCAUCAAUCGGUGCCGGUCAUGUUUUUGGAACCAUGAAGCGGCGGCUUUUUGCACCAUGUUGAGAUGCGGAUCCUGGCUUUUGAAUUAUGAUAACUGA